AUGCGCCCGGCGCUUCUGCGAUUGUUGAAGAGGCCGUCCGCCGUCUCGAUCCUUGACACGCUUACAGCAGUACCGGCCGGAAUUGAGCAGUUGGAGUCCAGAUACCGGUGUUUACGAUGCAAUUCGCGAAGUGCAAAUCACCCCGAUGAAUCUGACAACGGCCUAGCCCGGCAGCAACUUGAAGACUCGCGCCGAGGGAAACGGCCAUUCAGCUUUUCCAUCUACGACAUUGAAACCUCCGAUGAAGCGAGCAACUCUGUAGCUACGCCUGCUACGAAGCGGAACCCCAACACUUUUUCUAAGCAAUGCCCUACCAAGCUUCUGGCGCUUCGACCAGACAGGCUUGAAUUCGAAUCGGACGUCGGACACCUCAACGACAUUGGGACGCGUUUAGUGGAUAAUCCGGACCAGCGACAUAAUUUCGACCUGUGGGAGGAACUCCUACGAUAUCGCCAGCGACACUACGGAGACCACGGCACACUAGAAAUAUGGGAAGGGCUCAUGGUUCGAGUGGAUGGGGUACGGCUCCCGGUUGCGGGAGACCAAGCGGAUAUCUUCUGGCAAAGCUUUGUGGACAUGGGAUUGAGGCGAGAGCUAUUUCUCAAAGAAGUGCUGGACUACGCUAUCGAUUUGUGGAAGCAACAUGGCAGUCGAUGGCCACAGCUAUAUGAGCGCGUGGUGGGCGAACUCCUUGACCAGAGCCUAACGCACCGUGCCAUCGAAAGCCACAAGAAGCUUCAACGUGCUGGUUUGGCUAGCGCGCAUGAUGUGCUGCAAGUCUUACCCUCGGCGAUCCGCUCGACGUCUCAUCCGGCUGGCACGGAAAUUGCGACUGUCGCUGAUCUCGAGUGGUCAUCCUUGCCGCCGGGCCUGAAGGCAUUCCAAACUAUAUGUUCUACAACCCCCGACCGCAACUUUUACGGGCCUGUCAUCUCGAUGCUUAUCCAACAAGGCCACGGAGAAGCGGCGAUCUCGAUGCAUCAUUUCUUUGCUCAUAUCCAGGAUCAUCCACAAACUCCCGAUGAAAUACAGCCAUUGCUGGAAUACGUUGAGAAGUUUGGGUUGCGGAGGGAGUUCAAUCGACUCCGUGGCUAUGUCAAAAAGCGGUUCGAUACCGAAGCAUCGAUUGACCAACCUGGCCCAAUAGACACCACCCCACAAUCCGAUGCGAAAGAAUCGCAGGACGGAAAGCCCUAUAAAGAUGACAUCGGUGCUAAGAUGUUUGCUACUCGUGCACUGAACUUUGACAUGAUCGUUGGUGGUUUGAAAAUGCUCGGUGUCACCGAGAUUGGCCAUAGGACGUUGCGCGAGCUGGCUACGAGAGCUCACGGCAAUCAAGAUCUUCUGGAGAAGCUCAAAGUCCUCAAGCAGUCUGGAAUUUCUGUCGGUAGCACUGUGUUCUCCCGGUUAGUCCAGAAACUCGCAACCCAAAAUCGCGACAUCCUUCUCUCCGACCUUCUUCGCAGCGACCAGCACCCGGACGUUCUCGAAGACAAGCGCAUGCAGGAGUCAAUGUUGGUAUCUUAUUAUAUGGCUCGGGAUUGGCGACUGUACAAUAUGACCCUAGCGGUGUUGGCGGAGCUUUAUCCCACCUCACCCGACCUCCACGACAUCCAUUUCCGAAAGCACAUUGCGGCCCGGGAAUUAAGCGCAGCGGGCAAGGUCACCGAUGAGCUAGCCCUCCGGGGGCGUACUCUGAGCGAAGAAAGUGUGGAUUUCAUGGCCGAGCAGAUUCUCACCCCUCGCCGCAUGAACCAUCGUCCGCCCCCAGGCCAACGUCUGUCUGCCGUCGAGGAAGUAGUUUUCAUCUUCAAGAUUCUGAAGCGUGUGGUCCCCGCAGGAGGCUAUGUCAGUGCUGCCUUCUGGAUUGAGAUGCUCAAGCGUCUCGGUAUGGCGGAUGCAUGGGCGGACUGGGACAAACUUCGAGACUGCUGCACAUGGCUUGUCCGUCAAUAUGCGGAAAGCCCUGGGCAGAUGGCCCGGUCGCACGUAGCAUUCUCCAAGCCUCUCGAUCCCAAGCAGCCCAACGGUCGCGACCGGCGAAUGCUCGACUUGAUUUUCACGCCCCAAAUGCAAGCAGCUAUCGUCUCCUGGGGAUUCAAGUUCCGCGUGCUCGACACGACCGCAUCAAAAUUUGCCAUUUCCCAUCCAAACCCUCAAGUUCAUGACAAGCUCGUCCCAUGGGUGCGGGGUCUGAUUCUACUGCGAGAGCUGGAACGAUCCGGCCUUCGUCUUGACAAACGAUUGAUCUCACAGGCAGUGCGCCACCGCCUGGCUAUGCUCUACAGCCACCAUGUUCUAUCCGCGCGACGCAUGAACCGCAUGCUGCGACGGCGGAACCCGUAUCCUCUACAGCAGGUGUUGAACGAUGUAUUCGAGGCUUGGGGGGACCAGUCUCUUUUUGAUGGGAUGGAGCAGAACCCGCAGGAGUUGGUAAAUCCACCACGAUCUGCCCGGACGAAGCGACGCGCUCCAGGUAUACGUCUGUCGCUGAAAGGACUAUAA